AUGACGAUUUCUGAAAACCAAAGAGAUGUGGAAGCUCCGUUGCUUCUUACAAGGAAGAACCAAAACGACAUCAACGAGUGUCGUAUCACUGCUGUUGUCCUCUUCAGUACUUUCGUCUCUGUCUGUGGCUCUUUCUGCUACGGUGUUGCGGCAGGUUAUUCAUCUGUUGCUCAAGCAGGGAUCACAACAGAUUUAGGCCUCUCUGUUGCACAAUACUCGAUGUUUGGGUCAAUCAUGACUUUCGGAGGUAUGUUUGGAGCCCUCUUCAGCGGGAAGGUCUCAGAUAUCAUUGGUCGAAAAGGGACUAUGUGGUUUGCUCAAAUUUUCUGCAUCGCCGGUUGGCUUGCAAUAGCAUUUGCACAAGACGCCAUGUGGCUUGAUGUUGGUAGAUUCUCCACCGGAUUUGCCGUUGGUUUAUUCAGCUACGUGAUACCAGUUUACAUCGCAGAAAUAACACCAAAACAUGUUCGAGGAGCUUUUGUAUUUUCCAAUCAGCUGAUGCAAAGUUGUGGGGUAUCAUUAUACUACGUCAUUGGAAACUUUAUUCACUGGCGUAAACUAGCACUAAUCGGCCUUAUUCCAUGUCUUUUGCAAGUUGUGUGUUUGUUCUUCAUUCCAGAGUCUCCUAGAUUGCUGGGAAAAUGGGGACUUGAUAAAGAAUGUAGAGCUUCAUUGCAGCUUCUCCGUGGAGAAGAUGCUGAUGUAACUCAAGAAGCCAACACUAUCAAAGAAACUAUGAUUUUGUUUGAUCAAGGACCAAAAUCGCGGGUUCUGGAUUUGUUUAGGAGAAGAUAUGCUCCAUCUCUUGUUAUUGGUGUGGGGCUAAUGCUUCUACAACAGCUCUCUGGAAGCUCAGGGAUUAUGUUCUAUGUCGGUAGUGUAUUUGACAAAGGAGGAUUUCCAAGCAGCAUUGGCACAAUGAUUCUUGCUGUGAUCAUGGUACCAAAAUCUAUAUUGGGUCUUAUUUUGGUUGAGAAAAUGGGACGAAGGCCGCUUCUAUUGGCUUCUUGUGGUGGAAUGAGCUUUUUCAGCUUGCUUCUCGCUUUUUCCUUCUCCUUUAGGUCAUAUGGCAUGCUCGAUGAGCUCACUCCCAUUUUUACAUGUAUCGGCGUAGUGGGUUUCAUCUCUGCAUUUGCCGUGGGCAUGGGAGGCUUACCAUGGAUCAUUAUGUCUGAGAUUUUCCCAAUGAAUGUUAAAGUUUCUGCUGGGACUUUGGUUACCAUGGCAAACUGGUCCUUUGGUUGGAUUGUAGCUUUCGCCUACAACUUCAUGAUACAAUGGAAUGCAUCAGGAACGUUCUUGAUCUUCUCUAGUAUAUGUGGCGGGGGUAUAGUCUUUAUUUAUGCUAUGGUACCUGAAACCAAAGGAAGAACACUGGAAGAGAUACAAGCUUCUCUUACAGAUUUUCUACGAUGA